AUGGGAAAAAAGCAAAACAAGAAAAAAAUGGAAGAAGUAGUAGAUGAAGAAGAAGAGGAGUACGUGGUGGAGAAAGUCUUGGAUCGGCGGGUUGUUAAGGGAAAGGUUGAAUAUCUGCUGAAAUGGAAAGGUUUUUCUGAUGAGGACAACACAUGGGAGCCUGAGGAGAACCUGGACUGUCCGGAUCUGAUUGCCGAGUUCCUGCAAUCGCAAAAAACUGCACACGAGUCAGAGAAAUCGGAUGGAAAACGCAAAGCAGAUUCAGACACUGAGCAUGCUGCAGGUGAAGAGAGCAAGCCCAAGAAGAAGAAAGAAGAGGUUGAAAAGCCCCGUGGAUUUGCGAGGGGUUUAGAGCCAGAAAGAAUCAUUGGAGCCACAGACUCAAGUGGAGAGUUAAUGUUCCUAAUGAAAUGGAAAAACUCAGAUGAAGCCGAUCUUGUCCCUGCAAAGGAAGCAAACGUGAAGUGUCCCCAGGUGGUGAUCUCGUUCUAUGAGGAGCGGCUCACGUGGCAUUCUUACCCAACAGAGGAUGAUGACAAAAAGGAAGACAAAAGCUAA